AGCUUCUCGCUCUUUUAUUUUUCGCGAAAACUGAAUAUCGCGCGCGGGCCACCCUUCCAACUUUCGGCACCAGUUCUGCGCUCAUCGAGCAAGUUCACGUUCUCCACAACACCCCUCCUCCUCCUUUUUCUUGCUUUUCGUUACGUUCCGUUUCUCCGACUCCCGGCGGCGCGCGGCGUUGACGUUGUUUAAAGAUGGCGGCAUCCAUUAUUAAGGUUUGCGUUAGUAGCGAGUUCCCGGAUAAUUUAGCCCCGUAUUUGUGCAUCGCCAUGGCUUAGUUUCGUUACAAAUGCGUCGACCGAGUGGAACGGGAGGUGCCGGGAGGAGCAACGCCGGAGCCGGUCCGGAGGAAGUUAGAUCACGUUGUGCGGUUGGACGUUGCUGGAACGGCAACGGUUGGAGGAGCUUCUCUUUGGAAGGUGGACAAGCAGAAUGAUGAGCUGGCGACAACGGCUGGUCAGCGGUCCAAGUCCAACUUGGCAGGCCUGCAGUUGGACGGCCGGCUGCCAGGAGGAUGCCUUGUAGGGUCAGGAUCCGGGGACGAGGCACAGGCAUUGGUUGGUGUCGGCAGCAGUGGAAGCAGAAGCAGCCACAGUGGCGGGAAAACGGAGCAGGAUGGCGGGCAUCCUGUUCACCAUUGAACAGAUAGAGCUGAUCCGUAGGCUCCGGGCCUCGGGCAUCACCCGGGAUCAGGUGAUGAUGGCCUUUGAGCAGCUGGAUCGGCUCGACAUGGAGUUGGGCAGCGCGCUGCCGUGUCCCGUGAUGCCCGCGCUGUUGCCGCGCGGGCGUUCCAACUACGGAGGAGGCGGAGGUGGUGGUGGGGGAGGAGGGGGCGGGGGUAGCGGGGCCGACACGCACGGGACAGGGGGAGCAGGAUCGGGGGGACACAACGGGUUGCUGUCUUCGUCGGCAGCCGCCAGGAACUACAUGGCCAGCAGGGAGCCGCCACAGUUGCAGAACGCCUCGUCCAACGACUCGGCCACGGGGGACUGCGGCCCACACAACGGCGAGAGCGUGGCCUCCCCACCGACAACGACAGCCACAAGUAGUGGCGGCGGCAGCGGGGCGAAGCUGCCCAGCGAGCUGACCAUCAUCCCGAUCUCGGCCAAUGCGUCGCCCCAGGGCGGCAACGAGGAACACGGCGGCUACGGCAGCGGAGGAGGUGGCGGAGGCGGAGCCUCGUCGAACAUGUAUCCACCUGGUGUGGUUCCCAUGCAGUACCUUAUGAACCCCCACGAAUUCCUCCAAGAGGAAUCGGGGGAUAUCGACGAGCUGAAAAGGUCAGCGUACCCACUCCUCCCACCGAAGGGGGAGGCGGCCAUCUUGUCCGAGAUCCGCAACUUCGUGAUGCGCUACAACAUCAAGCAGACGAUGAUCGCCGAGAUGACCAAGCUCAGCCAGGCGUACGUGAGCCGCUUUUUCCGCGGCGACAUCGCCGACAUGUCGGAACGCACCAAAAACACUUUCUACAUGUGGUACCUGACGUGCAAGAACAACCCUUGGAAGUUGGCACAACUGUGCCCCAACUCCGGUGUGAAGCGGAUGGUCUCGGAGACGGGUGACUUGAUUCCACUCAAGCGGGAGCGCUUCACCUUCAAGUCGGCACACCUGGCCGUAUUGGAGCGGUACUACGAGCGUGAUCCAUACCCGGAUGCGCAGACGCGCGAGCAGAUUGUCGAGGAGUGCAACGAGGCGGUCGAGCGACCUGAGCGUCCUCUGACUGAACGGGAGAAAGUGAGCCUGCCUGUGGUGAACAACUGGUUCAACAACCGUCGAAAAGAGGCCAAGAAGCAACUCAGGCAGCAACAUGCGGCAGCAAUGGCGGCGGCGGCUCAGGCGGGCGGCCUUGGCGGGUUGCCGGGGGCGCUGACCAGUGGGGGCCACCAGAAGUCCCCCUUCUCGGUGGGUCCCCCCUUGUGGGGCGCACCCAGCCUGUACCCGCAGGUGGGAAGCUCGGCCGCAGCCCUCGCGGCUGCACUGCCAUCGUGCGCUGCCGGAUUGCCCACUUCCUCGCCACAUGUGGAGGCGCCCUCGAUGCGAGGUGGUGGCAGCGACCAGGGUGACUCUGCGGGCCCCGAGGGGGACAGUGACCAGGGGGACUCUGACACCUCUCAGGGGGAGGACUCCACCUCACUGCCGUCGUACGGCCACGACUCGGAGCCGGCCGACUUCACCACCAACGACAACAUGAAGCCCGUCAUCAAGCAGGAAAUGCCAAGUGCUCAGUGUGUGUCCAGCAUGGAGCAGGAUGAUGACGGCUAAGGACGGCGCAGCGGUGGACUACAAGUCCCGGUGGGAGAGAAGACGAAAAAGAAAAAGGAAGAAGCGAAGUCAAAACUGAGAGUCGUCGACGCGGAAGGAUUUCGUUGUCGCCAGUGAAAAAAGAAGAAGAAAGGAAGAGUUUCAAGAAAGUCCUGAGUAGACGUCGGACAAGCGAGCGCCGGCCAUCUUCUGCGGCGGUCGGCCCCGAAAUCCCGAGUGAAAAUAAUGGCACUGGCGCAAGGUUGAAGACGAGGACGUCGCGAAAGAAAGACGCUGAGGGUCGUCGGAACGAGUUUUUCGGUGCCUCCGAGGUUGAAGGAAGUCAUUUGUUGGAUCGUCGUUGCCCCGCCCCACCCCGACGGAAAAGCAGUAGUGUUGUGUGUUGAGUGACAAGUGUGCAACGUUGUUGCUGUUCGCCGCGUCGGACGUUGCCGCGCGAGGUUGCGGCGCAUCGUCUCGACUGGCGGGUGCCGGGAAGGGAACAAGUUUUCCACGGUCUCUACCUCACGAUUGAAAAAAAAAAAAAAGAAGUGAAUUGAAAAAAGAAAACGGAAAGAAAAGCAGCGAAAUGAUGGAAGGCAGGAAUGAAAUUAAUGUAUGUUUAUCUUUUUUCCUUCUCUCUCACUCUCUCCUCUUUUUUUCUUGCGAACAAAUGCCAAAUUGAACAUAGGUUUAGAUUUAACGGGUUUCGGAGUACCUCAUUCCUGUCGUUUUAUUGCGUGCGAUGCGGCGUGUGUGACGCUCGUGAUUGUCUGCUCAUGUUUUCCCCAGCGAUGUGCUUACUUCAGGCACAUGUUUCCUUCGCAUUUUUUGUCAAAGUGCUCUUGGUUUUCUGUUUUCAUCCCAACAAUCCCGGUGCUUUUAUUAUUAUUUUUUCCGACGGUGAUAACCUUGGUUUGCAGUAACUGCGAGUUUAGUAGGCGCCGCAGGCGUCACCUUUCGGUUAUAGUUAUCGAGCAGGCCAUCCGUCGUUGUUGCAAUCUUGCUACGUCAUCUUUGCUUUUAUUUUGUGGGUGUGUGUGUGUGUGUGCAUGUUUGUACCACCUUUAAGUGCUACGUUUUUUUCCCGGUGUUGUUUUCUUGAGAGAGUUUUUAUAAGUUGUUGCCACGGCUACUGAGUAGCUUUUAUAUAAUUACGUCAAAGAAGUCUUCUGGGCUCGUUGACCAAUCGUGUCAUUACGAAGGAUGUCGACUCUGCUUUCUCUUUCUUUAUUUUUGUUGUCGAUUGUCAAAAUUGUGACAGUUGCUUGCAGUGCACGCAAAAUACUUGUUCUGUCCCGUUAGCUUGUUACACGACGAUCCUGUCUCGUUUAACAUUACAGGUAUGUUUCGUAAUCUUCGUUUCUUUGAACUUUUUAAAAUUGAAUGUCGUUUGCAUGAUGCACGUUACAAAGAAGUGUAUGUCUUUGUCGCCUGUCAGUGCGUCCAGCGUCAUCGUGACGAUUGUGCGUAUGAUGUGCAUUGCAGCAAGAAACUCGGGAAUCUGAGGGUACUCUUGGAGAGAGACAGUUCUUUCUUGUUUUAUUUUUAUUACGUACAUUUACAGCUAAACUUUCGUGUAAGUUCACGGAGACUGAUGUUAUGAACAGCAAUGGAAUAGUGCGGGUUUCAUUUUUUUCGUUUGUUCGUUUCUUCGUUCCCUCGGUAGACGUCUUGGAACUCUAAGAUCACCACGAUUGCUCAGGUCUCUUGAAAAAAAAAAAAAAUGGAAAACGGGUCAGUUUUGCCGAACGAUGACAAGGCACUCAUGGGAGGGGAACGAACAGACCUUUUAACGUCAAGUUUUAGUUGAGCAUCCUUGUCUAACGCGGAGUGGUCGACCGACUGGAGGCCAUUAAAAACAAACAAGUUAGGCGAGGUCCUUCCUUACAUUUUUUUUUUCUUACGGAGAGAGGACGGAAGAAGAUUGACGACGGGAUGCUGAAACCUUCACCACCACGUAUCUUAUUCCUUUCGAGCAGUCCUGCCAUUUUUUUUUUCUUUUUAAAACAUUUGUGCCUGUAGGUUAUCGUCCUUUCUCUCACGUUUAGUGCCUCCUUCAUUUUGCGCAGUGUUUCGCAUCCACAAUUGUGUCUAUUUUUAUUAUGUUUUUUUUUUUUUUUUCAUGAGUCCUACCUCACUUAUAUUUACACGCUCAACUCGAAGAUCCGUUUAUUUUCCCUUCCCAUUCACAUGGCGCACUCUGCAGCGCCAUACAACGCGGAGCCAUCGUCGUCGGGCGGCACAUUGCCAUUCAGGGUUUCUUCCCUGUCCCCUGACGUCGCCGUAUCAAGCUAAGGUGCGGCUCUUACGUGUGUGAGUGUGUGUUUUUUUUUUUUUUCGUUAUCAUUUUUCUCUUCGGUGCCUAGACUGGUGGUGCUGGCAUAGACAGGAGUGACGCGAUGUGGUGUAGUAUUGCGCGGCGAAUUCUGUUCGCCCUUCGACGAUGCUACAUCGCUUCGUGGGACAGUGGUGUGCCAUUGGCAAUGAAGAAGAAGAAGACUGUUUCCGAGUGGACUUAUCUCUCUAUUUUUUUUUUUUCUGUUUUUCUCAUUCAUCACGGCUGCAAGACUUGUGAUGCGUGGUGUCAGUGCGUGGCGCUUGUCGUUUGAGCGCGUCUCUCGCUCCCGACAUCCUCUCCCCUUCUACCCCCCCUAAGUGGGAGCGCGGGAGAUGCGAAUCGACACGCGACGUCGAGAGAGAAAAACAAGGAACUGGAGAAAGGAUGCCACCCUGCGUCGUCCUCGCGUUCGGCGGGGGGCACGUGCGCGUCUACUGCAAUAGGAACUGCUACGAAGCGCCGUGCGCGGCGGGAGAGACCGCCGCGCACGACGGGACGAGUUGAAACGGGCCACGUCGACCGAGCCCGGAGAACGCUGUGGUCGUGGCGGUGAUGCCGGCCUGCGACGCUUGAUCACAAUCAUCGCAACGUGCUGAGUAGUGCAUGCGUUUUUGUUGGUGCUAUGGGGGAAAUGAUGGUGAAAUGACAGUGCGUCGUGGGGGGGCAGAGGCUUUGAGGCCUUGCGCGUUGUUUCGCUCUAGCUACCUAUGCCUGCCCUUUUUAUACACUUGUGUUCUCUUCUGCUGAGCUUUACUGUCAACCCCACAUGUAGGCUUUGUCAAUUUGUUCCCCCAUAUACACAGUUGUGCACAAAAUUCCCAUUCUUCGUCCCUCCCCCCCCCCCCCUCUUUUUUUUUUAUCGCUUGUAUUCGCCUGCUACAAAUCUUUAUUUAUACACCUCACAAAGGCCCCCCUCACCCCUUUACAUCAGCUCACAUGAUUUUUAGUGCGCAUUAGCAGAUGCUCGGCCUUUAUCUUUGAGACAGACGUCGACUUCGUGCUCAGCCUUCUGCAUCGUACCCAUUCAUUUAUGUGUGUUGAUCAGCUGACCUGUGGUUUCUCUUCAUUAUCUCCCUUAGCUUCUGCGGCACCAACUGCAGUUGCGAGAGCUUUCUGGUGUUAAAGCAUCCUUCGCUCUUCGAGCUAGGCAGCAUCACUAUCGUAGUACAGCCAGCUUCUUCCGACCAGCAGACGAAGGAAGCUUUGAGACUAACGAGGUAGACAUACUGCUGCCCGCAGUUGCAGUGCUUCGCUGUUCAGUUGUUUAACGACGUCUGAGCUAACGACGGGCCUGUUGAUUAGAACUUGCUCACACAGUACAUGACAGAGGGCACGCACGCUACAGAAUACCGGCAUGCACGUGGAGCAGAUGGCAGGGCAGGCGCCUCAUAACGAAAUCGGCUAGCAAGGCUCGCCUGUUGUGUCCUCCUGAUCACUGCUGUUUACUGCUUCAUAGAACCAAACAGUUGAGUUGCCACUGGCAUAUCAAUCACGAACAAAAGAGAAGAGGACAUGAAAGUACACUUAGUCAUUGUGUCAUUGCUGGGGUAUGUUUUGUACCAACGUUAAAUAGUAGCAUGCGCAGACUCUGAGCCUGGCGACAGGUAGUGUCGCAAAUUUGAGAUUGUCAUCCGUGGCCGACAUGCAGUGAGGAGCUCCCUGGCAGAUGACAGUUGCUCUGCGUGCAUGCACACGUUUCUGCCCUUUCUGUUGGCGUGCCUCGUAACGAAGUGUACAGAAGCAACCAGCCGUUGAGCACUUAAACGACGUCGUUGAAGACGUACGGCGUUAGCCAAGCAUCAUUUUUGUGGCCAUCCUUUUCUCGCUAUCACCAGAACACGGUGUCACCUUAAAUAUCGGUUUUGCUGGCAUCUGCUGUUUUUCUCAGUUGUCCUUCUGUCCCGUUGUCGAUCUUUUCUCCCCUCCCCUAUGUCACCAGCUAUUACCGUUUCGUUCGUGCAUUCAUGUGUAACCCCCGCCCUCCCCCGCUGUUUCAACUCAGACUACGGUGUUUUUCUGGCUGUGCUAUUUUCCUGUCCAUGUCGGCCCAGAUGGGGUGAGAACAGUCCGGCACGUUCACGCCAUCGCGGUCAGGACUGCGUCCUCUCCGCCCAAGUGGGGGAAAAAGUGCCGGUCACCGGCCGUACGUCAGACAUCCACCCCUUUCUUCCGGCCGUUUUUCCGCACCGGUACAUUACCAGCGGUGCGUGGUUCCGCGCUCCUGUGAUGCGUCUCUUGUUUCCGUCAUGAAAGUUCCUAUAUCUUUGCUGUUGCGCUAGCUGGGCCGCAAGCACUUUUCACGCCCCCCGCUCCCUUCCUCCCUUUUCCUGCGCUUUGCUCUUGUCAAAAAUCUCUUCACUCAAGUGGCUGCCACUUUCCGCGGAUGUGGAGGUUUAACCGCAGUUUCCAGGAAGUGCUUGUAGCAAUUCGCUUUCACUGGGCAAUGCCUGCAUUGUAGUAACCGAAGUUUCGUAAAUUGCUUUGCUUGAUUGGGGGCAUUGCAAGCGUGGUAGAGUGGCGUUUCUUACUGCAUGUUUCUGCAAAGCACUUUCUUCUUUCACACCGGUUUUAUGACGAGUUUUCAACAUGGGGAAUGCCGGACUUUGAAACAAAUGUGCAGGGGCACACGCUUUUGGGCAGAGUUGAAGAGGAAUUGAGAGAUUUUGGGGUUUUUUUCCUCUCUUGUGACAUUUAAGCAGAUUUGCAACAUUGACAUUUUUUUUAAAUUCUGGGCUCUUUUUAAAUAUCUAUUUGAUCUUGUGAUGGCAAAUGUCAUUUAACUGUGACUGUCAGCCUGGAGAAUGAACUAGGGGCAACUCUAAUAAGUUUCCAGUUUCUCAUUAAGAAAUUUUGACGGGUAUUUGGAAGCCGCUAGCAAAGCUGCUUUUCUGCGCAUAUAGGCAAUGACACAUCGCUCAAUGAAGGCUGGUGCUUUUGUUAGCAUUUUUGUGGAAUUUGAUGAACUUUAUAAAGCUUCCAUUAGAAUGUACAACUCAUCCUUUCCACAUGUGUUACAAUGAGUAAGUUCCUUCUGCACAAGAACUGCACAAUAAGCCUAGUGGAUCCCCAUUUACGGUCCACAAGGUUCAGGUCUCCAGUUUAAACUUUGCACUUUAAAAUUUGACAGGUUUGCAGAAGCAUUCUCAAAUUGUUUCUUCUCUUGAAAUCGCGGCUUGGCCAAUGUGGGGCAGUUACCAGCCAUAACGAUGGAGAAGGUUAUCAGCGUUUGUUCGUUGCUCUGGCAUUCCUGCGUUUGAAAGCUCUCCCCUUUUGCUGACAAUCCAAACUUCCGUUCGACUUCUCCAUGGUUGCACGAACAUUGAGCAUGUUGAAUAAUAGAGCAUUUCAAGCGUGGCACCCGUUAGAUCAGAACUGCAUUUCUCAGGCCUUUGUCUACUGUAUUUGCUACUGUAUUUGCUACUCUUUUUUUUCCAGCUUGUUUCCUCUCUGUAUGCCCGAAGCUUGAAAAUUAAAAUGUGAGGAGUGAAGAGUGAAGGUGAUGAAAGGGGAACAGGCAGUUGAGGAGGACAUGAGAGAGAGAGGUGGUGAUGGAGUGAUGAAGGAGGCAGGAAAGGGCAGGCCCUGGUUUGAAGCCAUCGCCCAUGUUUGCGUCCAUGUAGCGUCGUGUCUUUUGCCUAGCGUCUUUUUCGCUCUCGUGAUGUGUGCACGGCCAGUUUCUAGUGUCCAGUGCUUGCAGCAGCGGCUCAAACAUAGGUGCCUGUGUGCAUGCUCUUUGUGCGAAGGAUAAGUGCGGGGGGUUUGGUGAUGGAUGAGCGAAGCUGGGGGAUAAUGCCCACGUGGAGUUAUGGUAAGUGGCGCUCCCCCGUCUUCACCCAUGAUAAGUUCACGGAAGUCCAAGGUGCGGCAAGGUUUCGGGAUGACAUCCCACCUCUUCUUGCUCGCCAUGCUUGUUCAGAUUGUGUCUAAUGUUUGCGGUGUCCGUUAUUGUAUCCACCCGCCUCCCCACUUUUCGAAGACUUGCAGCUUCCCCCACAUGCCCCUCUCUUCGUCAGACCGACGACGGUGUGUUGCGGAUGAGUUGUAUCAUAGUUGCCGUUUUUUGUCGUGUCGUGCAUGUGUCUUCGGGUCAGUUUUCCACGGCGCUCAGAGUGGCCGUUUCCAUCCCGGUUUGAAACGUUCGUGCUCCCUUAGAAUCCUUCCCCCGCCUGCCAUUUGUCAUUUUCUUCGAAGUAGCUUUUUUUUUUGCCGAAGCGUUCCUUUUUUCUGUUUAUCGUCACCUGCGUCGGCUCGCUUCAUUUCGUGCUCUUGGCAUGCAUUGCGGAUGAUCCUCGCAUCUGCACCAACCACGUUGCAUGUCAACCUGUCUGUCUUGCGCCACGCUAGACAAAUGCAACCGGAAGCGGGGGAGACCUAACAGGGUCUUUCUUCCGGCGAAAAAGUAAAGAAUAACCAUCGUCACCGCGCUAUCACCGCAGCAUACACGACGAGGGCGUCGGUUACGGCCGACCAGCCCUCCAGGCUAUCUCUAGGUGGUCACACUCGUGCCAAAGGCAACAGCAGUACCUGACGGAAUGAGACUUCGACCGGCACCGGCGACAUUGGAUCGUUGGCCGGUCGGUCGUUGGUUUUUCAAGAUCAGGUCAAAGAGAUGUCGCUGCAGCUUAAAAAAAAAAAAAAGGAGCAGCGGGCGAAGAGGCAAUGGUGUAGGAAACAAAACCGGUGUCUGUCGUAGAUUGGUUGAAGAAGCAAAGAAAGAAAGGAAGGGUACGAGGCAACCCUGCAUUUCCAAAGAAAGCUGUCUCGACGCGAGGCUUGCCUGGGUCAGUUCAUGAGCUUUUUUAAAGGCGUUUGUUCAGUCUCCGGUGUGAUGAUCGCUGUAGUUGCUUCAGUUAUUGGUGUGAAAGAAAUGAAUAUUACUUUGUCUUGUGGGACUCCCCUUUUGUUCAGCCUUAGUUGGUUUCCAGGGUUUUUCAAAGGUGAAGGCCUGAUUUAUGGAAGCCUUAGAGGAAGCUCCGUGUUCGGUUGCAGGCUCGAUUCACAUGGCUGUCAAAUACUCCGCCACAUCGCCAACGUGUGUCACGAGACAGUGUUUUCUCCUUAGUUUCUUCUAAAUAAUGUCACGCCAAUAUUCUUAAUGUCAUCGGCCCAUUUUUGAAGAAAGAGCAGUAAUAUCACACACUAUCAUGAGCACGUGACAUGACGGUGUUCGCAAGCACGUCACAAACAUUGUGACGAUGUGACGGUGCGCGUGACGGCUAUAUGAAUCCAGCCUGAGUUGUUCUUGCGGGUAGUUUUUUCUUUUCACCUUCUCUUCGAGUCCUUGCGUUUGUUCAUAGGAGAAGGGCGAUCUCGCGUGUUUCAUGAAACACACCGUCGGGAAGUGAAUGAAAAAGAUAUAUAUGUAUAAAUAUAUACGCAUCUCAAAGUUUCGGACCAUUACGUACGUGUUGCUCACCUCGGCACUGCCUCUGCCAGGACAACGUCUAUCACACACUCUCGUAGCUGUCGAAUAUCUCUUUUUCGUUGUUGUAGCCUUCAUCGUUCUUUAAGUAAGGGCUGGUGUUGCCUUUGGAGCAUGACCAAUGUGCGAGGUACGAAGAAGCGUUUAGGGGGCCGCUGCGCACCCGUGGUGAGUCGAAGCAGUGUCUGACGACGAGGAAACGUUGCACGUUUUUUUUCCCCCUUCGAUUGCUCGUGCGACGGAAGCGGUGCUGGCAAUGCUUUUCAGGCAGGUCGUCAUGUUAGAUGGCCAUGGAGCUGCUUGUUUUGCAUGUCGUCAAGCAGCUAUCUUCUAAGUGCCGCUUCGCAAGUAAUGACGUUUACCCAAGAUUGCGAAACAUAGAGUUGCGCCCUUCCUCACUGAACCAUUCCCAAAGACAUCCUGAGUUUCCAAAAACUUUCGACAUGAUAGCACUUGUCUGUCAUCAGAGUUAUCAUUGGCAAAUCAGACAUGGCCUCUUCAGAGACGUUUUGUUCCUUCGGAUUAAAUAUACUCUUUUCUGCCCCGCACAAAAUUCAAAAUGACAUCUCCUGUGGCUUUACCACGUCAUUCGACCUUCCCCAAGGUACAGUUGAAGCCCCUUUACACAAAAAUAUCUUCAUUAAAUCCAAUAUUGAUUGGACGUUGACGUCAGCAAGUUUUCUUAGUUACAUCCAACAACUUGCACAUGGAAUGCAUCACAGCGUUUCGAAAGAAAAAUGGCAUGCCGAACAUCAGCAGUGCUACAUGACGAGCUGGCCGAGAAAAUGCACAUUGCUGGCAGACGAUGGGUUUUUCAAUAUUCCUUCCCCCCCCCCCUCCCCUCAUUCUCGAAGUGGUUCAUAUAUCCUUUUGAAUGUUUAGAAGAUUUUACAUUGUCCUUGUUAGUUUUCUUUUGUUCACUGUUUGAGGAGUAUUUUGUUUUUCUCAACGUUUGCCUGCCCUAUCCCGGUGUAUGGUUUAGUCGAAUGUUUCACUUGACCCCCCCUUACCCCAAGCCCCAUCUACCAUCUCGUAUCCUUUGUUUUACCUGGUGAGCGUGUUUUUUUUUCUGCUUAUAAAUAUAAAAUAUAUAUAUAUAUAUAUAUAUAUUAUACAUACAGAAAAAAAAUCACGCGCGUGAAUACAGUCUAUAUAUAAAUAUAUACACAAUAUAUAUGUAUACAUAAUUCCUCGGUGCCUCGGAAUUGCACAUUGUCUACCUCCCAGUAAAACAGGUCCAUGUGUGUCAGGUUUCAAGCAUUAAAAAGAAAAAAAAAAUAAAUAAGCUGUGAAAGUGUUAUACAGAAGUGGUCUUAAGUUAAAUGGCAAGAGAGUCAGUCAAGUCUAGAUGGUGUACAAGAGUUUAAAAAAAAAACAUUAAGCAUCAGAAAGUGUGGCUUUAUGGAAAUGCCCCCUCUGUGUCGAAACCCAUGCGUGUGAAAGUGUGAAGAAAAAAAAAAGACGACAAGAUUUUUUGAUUGCUGUGUUAGACUUUAAAAAAAAUCAUGACAGUUUGUGCCUUAGGUUGGUGGGAAAGUUUGUUAUUUGAGAGCAUUUUUUGAAUGGUCAUUUGUUGUACAAAACGGGCAGGAAAUUUGCGAGUGAAAUCCUAGAACAGUGUUAGUAUUCGUGCAAACGGUGAAGCGAAUAAGUGCGAGAUAUGUAGAGUUUUGUUUUUUCGUGAGCGCUUUUCGGCAUUAAAGGCUACAGGCUUCCCGAUUGGCGUCAGGGCUGCCAUUGAAGCCCACUGUAAAGGUGUCUUGGAGCUCCCGGAAGUUCGUUAAGGAGGGUCGUUGAGGGGCAGUGCUUUGCAGGGAGACGACGUAUGCCACUCUUCGUUCUGAGCAUUGUUGCUCUUUUGGCAGUUACUCUUCUGGUUAGAUGCGUAUCGUAUGGUUACUUUGUGCAAUUUCAUACACUGCAUCCAGUAUGUAAACGUCAACUGCAACAAAAUAUGUGGACACCAUGAGAAGCCUAGUUUCAGACAGUAUCAGUACAGAAAUGCGACGGCGCACAUAUUUACGUUUGAAGUACGAGUGAAACGUCUCAAACAGCCCCUUCCAAAAACGGCUGCUUUUGAUACCGAAACCGGAAAAAAAAACUUCACCAUAAACACUUGCCGAAUGUGAUACAUAACAAGGGCAUAACAUAGAAGGACCGGCUCCUUGGCAGGGCCUCUGAGAUGAAUGGCCACUGAAACGUCUCGAAGGGUGCAUGCCUGGACCUAUGUCACGGUGACAGUGACCACGUGCUGCCGUCUGCUAAGCGUCGUCUGCUUAGGUGCUGUUCGACAGUCGCUUAGCAAGAAAACUACACCAUUACCAACCCUGCGGCCUUUUUGAAGAUUGGUUCGGCAAUACAUACUGCUCACCCGUAAUGAAUUUCGGCAAAGUGAAAUUUCGUUGCAGCUAGAUAUGGACCAGAAAUGGCUGUGGCUAGAACAAGGACUGUUAGGCUUAGCUGCUGGAAGCAAGUGCACGUCCCGACUAGGUGGCAGCAGGCCUGUGUUUCUUUUUAUUGCUGCAUGGCUACCAAAUUUACAGCUUCUAGUAAUGACAGAGAAGUAUUUACAAAGUACGAAGGAUUGCAUGUAUGUUUGUCAGCAGUAGCUGUGUUAUACUAGAGAAGUGUGGUGUAGGACUCGUAACUAUACUCGCUUUCUGCUAAAGUUUAGCGACUGUUUCUUAGCAGCUUUCUUAGCAGCUUUCCCGCGCAAAUAUUUCAGGUUGUGGCGAUUCUCUCGCUGUACAGCUGCAGUCACCGCCAAAGGUACAGAAGCAGCACGCAUGCAAUCGGCACUGUUUAUGGUGAUUGUUAGGGCGCAGAAGAAAUUCUCGUGUGGUGUGACCAACCGACGCCAAAGCCAUGCUUGUUCAAAAUAUUUCUACACCACCGGUCAUCGGGCUAGUUCUGUCAUUGUGCCCCACUUUCAAUGCUUGAAAACAGACUGAAACUGAUGGCGCUGGGUUUAUCGAUGCACCUGUAGUUAGAUUCUCGGGAUGUCGCUACAGAAUGUCGCCCUGUUCAGCACUGCCCCGGCUCCAAGCACUUGAAGUAGGACAAGUCAAAAGGUUCAUAGUGACCGUUACAAAUUGAGCGUAGCAAAUAGUACUAAUCGUAGUACUAAAAAGUCGAAGUGUGCAAGAAAUGAGAUAAAAAACCAUUUGGUGGCUUUGUCUUGCAACCGGAUGAGAUCAGCGGUGCGUGGACAGAAGAAAAAAAAAGCGUGAAAUAAGAGAAAAACUCUAUUUUUGUUGAGACUAGGAUUACACUUAAGUACGAAUAUAUACAUAUUUUGUUAGAGGAAGCUUUUUCAUAUUAAAUGUGGGUCUCAUUGUAUAGCGUGCAUCUAAGCGCAUGUUAUACGACUCAACAUCGUUCUGUACACAACUGCUGUCGUGAAAAAGUGGGGAAACUUUUGUACGCGUCAGUUCUGAACUGCUUUUCCUCAACCUGUGUAUUUCAUGCUUGCUUUUUUUAUUUGCAUACCCUGACAUUGCUGAGGGUGUGCUUUCUCUAGCAUAUUUCUUUUCUUUGUCUCAGGAAGUAGUAAAUGACUGCUCUGUUUACUUGUACUACAUUACGGGAAAAGUUUUGUACAUUACAAAAACAGCACUCUGGCAGCGUUGGAAGUGCCCUGCGCCUGCCAGCUUGUGAAAGGUCCCUCCCUAAAGUGACACUUUGGAUAGACAUUUUAAAAGAAAGUUAGUCAAAUAAAUCUCUUCAGAAGGUUACAGGCACUUGGCACCAUUCUACCAAGCCUUUCUGUUUGUUUAAUCAAUUGUACCGUCCGCUUUUCUCCAGCCCUAGUACUGUGUGCGAUAUAUAUAUGUUCAGCACUGGUGAAACCGUUUUGUAGUAAGCAUCAAAUGCUCACAACAAAGAAAUUGUCUCCAGUAGCCCAACACCACGGGGCAGACGAGAGUUCGAGCAUCCGGAGGCAUCUUUAAAGUCGAAGUUGGCUAGAAAGGACAGUUUAUUUCCAGCGUAUCGCUUAUACAAAGAUUCAUACGGGGCUACGUGUUCAUGUUUAUUGGACCACCAUCCUUUCCAGUGUACUGCCUGCGUGAUUAAUUACAUUAAGCACAGAGUAUUACUGACUGAUUAUUGGAGCAAGAAAAUACGGUUCUUUCCAUAUGUCGCCUCAUAUUCGGUUUUCCCCAUUUCACGUCAUCGAGGUAUGUUUGAGGGUGUUAGUGUGAGAGAUCACGUGAUUUGUUCACUUUUGAAACUGCAGGCUUAAUUAGUGAAUAAAGUCCAGAAAGCAUGGAUACUUCUUUUGUUCCUCUUCUUUUUACAUGAAAAGCGGCCUCCUUGUAAUUGAAGGUGUUCGUGAAAUUGCAGACACCUCUUGGGCAACAGCAAAUGUGCAAACCUUCUGAAAUGAUUUUAGUGCAAUAACACAGUGAGCACAGUCUGUCCACAGGUGACUUUAUGUAGGGGCUUUCAACACAGUGUUCUUUUUUCUUGUUCUUUUGUGGCAUGUCAAGUUUUCACGGUAGCACAUGUGCAUAAAAUGUGUGCGCUUAAGAUUAGCACAUAGGUUCAAAAGCUGCACGAGUAUGGAAUCUGCGCAAUUUUCACAAUGAGCACACUGGCCCUCGGCGUUUGGUUAAUCGUACACGACAUUACUCUGUGUCGCUUGGUCGAAAAUCUGGCGCCAUAUGAAUCUGUUGGGAUUAUAUGGCACCGUGAAAAUUGCUGUGACCACUGUAAAGUUGGCAUUGCUAAUGUGUUGUUGCCGUACAAAUGACAUGAUUGUAAAUGUACUGAUACAAUUGAUAUCGUGACGUUCUUUCCCUUUUUUUCGCUUUCACGGGUACAUUUCUUUGGCGGUUUGGAGGAACCUGCGUAUGUGAAUGCCAUCUAUCGGCUAAGCCUUUUCCAUGGCUCCUGAUUUCCGUUUGUGAAUUCAUGGCCAAUUGUCACGUAAUUUACAGAUGUGACCAAGGAAAUUUGGACAGAUAUUUACGUAUAAAGUUAGCAAAGCCAGUUGCCUGUGGAAACCUUCCUUCAACAUAUAAUUUUGCAUCUCUCCACAUGCUUGUGACGUAAGCCAUGCGCAUCGUCACGAGUGUGACGGCAUUCACAACGUUCGGUGGUCCCCUACCGUCACGGUCACUCACAUGACUUUCAGGGAAUAAAAACUGUCGCUCAGGCAUUCAUUGCGUAAUACAUUGCAGACCAUCGACUUCUUUCAGGAUUGCAACGUUUGCGUGAAAUGAAAUAGAAGAAAAAAAAUGUGUCACACAUACCCGGAUCAAGCCGUACCUUCACCUCCCUGAACAAUACUUGCCCGUACAUUUGUGUUUUUGAAAGAAAAAAACGUGUGUGCUUGUGUGUUUGUGUGUAGUGUCAACUUUAUAGAGUUGAGAGGCCUUUCUUGGGGUGCACUGUUUCUUCAGACAUUUGCUUACUGUGUGUGUGUGUGCGUGCAUGUGUCUGUUUGUGUGCUCAUUUGCUGUCAACAUGGAUAUCAUUCACUGGCUUCAACUCUUGAAGUUGAUGGUAACGGAAUUCAGCAUUGCUCUUCUGCCUGACAUUAGACGCGAACGCGACACAUUCUAUAUCUUUGGAGAUGUGUGUAGUCUGUAUUGUACUUCUGUUGUUGUUUUUUUUUUUUUUCGGUUACACCACGACAUCGAAGUCAUUCCGCAUGAAUUCAGCUAGCAUGUAAACUGUACACUUACCUUUGCUGAAACAACUGGGAGUUUACCUUGGCUCAUGUUGGAGCUCCCAUCAUGUUUUACGGCUUACCCGCCAGAUUCAUUAGGGAAUCGCGACUGUUGGCAUUGAAUCGUAAAUCUGUUAACAGUGAUAACGUUGAUGGCUCAACAAAAUUUACUGUGAGAAAUGAAUUCCCAACGAACAGUUUUGUUUCUACUUGAACCCCACUACCUCACGUUUUAUUUACCAUUUCUUUUUUUGUAUUUUUGUGCGACUCAUCACAUGAGCCCUCCCCUUCAAUAUCGGCGUUUUUUUUUUUUAUUGGCCACGAUGAGUGCAUAACAGCUGGCACAUAUUUGUGCCCAAACUCGUUUAUAGAGACAUUAGUUUCUGUAUCAGUGCAAGUUCUUACGAACUGUCAUUACUCAAUGCGUUGACUUAAAUUUCGCAAAUUUAACGUGCUGCCGUGAUACCAGAUGAUACUAGCUGGCUUGUUUUUUACAAAAAAAAUUUACGGGUUUCACAUUUGGUUUCCAUGCGAAGCACUUGCUUUUCAGAGUGUAAGGUCGAACCAACAAUAGCGUUGCUAACAUGCAAGUAUUUCAAGAGGCUUGCUAUUUUUUUUUUUUAAUAUAAACUGACCACUGUAGAAAACCAGUCGUGUUGGCUAGACACAUUCUUUUAACACUGUUUUGCCUUUCUUGCACUCUGAUGCAUGAAAAAUAGAGCAGCUGUGAAAAAAAUUCACAUCUAUCAAGUGUACAUGGACGUGUAGAAAAAAGUCUAGAAGCUUCAAGUGUAUGAGCAAGACCUUGAGCAGUAGCUUGAGAUCAUACAGAGCUUUUGCCAACGUUCACUUGGAACCAACAUUGUACAAUACACAGGCACAAUCAUUGUAUAAUCGCUCGAAUAUGCGCAUUAAUUCUCUUUUUGACUGGUUCAUUCCUGUUCAUUACGGGUCCCUGGGCUAGGCCUAAUCAUUAGGCUUAAGCCCCGAGUAAUCCCAAACCAUGGGAUUGAGAACACAAUUUUUUUUUUCCCUGUCUAACUUGCUGGAAGCAGACUUGCUAACAGCACGUUAAAUGUCACGCUGCGCCGUCUACUGCGAAAUGGUGCAUCAGUUGAGUUUUUCUUCUCGUUUAAGCUUUGAUGAAUGGCUAUCGCCGUGUCUGUUUGUAGUCAUACUCUAUCCGCUUUGUUUUUGCUGCCGCUGCAGCAGCAGCCGGGGUGUUCUAAUCGCCGCAGCUACGAGCUUUCCCAUGUUGCAAGAGCUGCCGUGCUGGUAGUGACCCGGAUAACGAAUGUUUAGUAAUUAUCACGCCAUCUACGUGUGGAUAGGCGAGUCAAGUGGGUAUCGUUAAUUGUUGAAGCCAGAGCAGUAACUCGUUUAGCCAUGUUGCUAAAUGGAGCAGCGCAUCUUUCGCCUACGGGCUGUCCCACGAAGUGGUCACUGAACGGCCAUUGAUUUAAAGAGGGGAAUUUCGUAGCUGCUGUGGCCAGGGAAACCCUGUAAGGGCAGCUGAAUCGAAGGUACGUGCAGAAAAAAAAAUGUGUUGGCUCUCCUUCACUCUUUUGACAUGCUUGAGUCGUCACGGUGACUUCAGUAUUUACAGUUCCUACAAGAGUUUUUUCCGCGGCUUGCCCCGAACUUUGCGCGUAGUUUUAUUCUUAGACUCGACACAGCGGCGUUAAUUGCUAUACUACACGAUGGCGUAACGACAAGUACAAAAAACGCAUCUCAGCCUUUCUCUCUCUCUCUCUCUUCACUCUGUCGACCCCCAUGAGAGUGAAUGUGGGCUUUAGUAGCUGCUGCUGCUUUUGCGAUGUUGUUUCUGGUGUGACGAUGAAAUCACUUUAAAAGAGCGAAGAAGGUGCAGUACCACUAUACCUGUGUACUAUGUAAACACGAUGGGAGAAUUGUUGCUUGCUUCCUGUGACGGACGUCCCUGCAAUAACAGGCUGAGGCUGGACUCGACACGACGCACAAAAUUCACCGCAUCGUUUUGUUUUUUACUGCAAGGAGCCAUUGAGAUCGGCUUCUUAACCUUGGAACUGCUAGAGCGUCUUCUGUACUGCUGGUAUCUUUUAGCAGACGACUUGAGUAUGAAGGUAGGCGUACGAUCCAGAAGCAGUAAGGAAAAAUCGUUCGCUGCACGGAUAUCGUAUUCAGCAUCUACACCAGUUUUUGCUCUUUGCAGACAGUUUGGCAUUAUCCACUCUGGUGUCUAGUGCCUCUGAGAAUGCUCUUGGCUGUUCUUAGCUCGAACACUAUAUCGACUGUUCUAGCCGUGUCUAACCACAACACGAGAGUGCGCUUUUGCUCGGCAAGCCAGGAAACCUUAUGAACCUCUCUCUGCCUGUCACGAAGGGAUCAGCAGUGUUCGCUUGCAUCCGUAAAGGUGUGUAGUACUAGACUGCCUUUUUUGCCUGAUGCCUCUCGACACGUGCCGGAUGAAGCAUCCAGUUGCAGCAGGCCACAUGUAGGCUGUGACGUCAUAGGUACCGGUGCUGUUGUCGCUAACGCCGCCACGUUUGCUAUAGUUGCUGCACGUCGCGCCUGUCGAUGACGUAUGCCAAAGAGGAAAUUACGAGUCUUAGCGUUUAGGGACAAACACAUUUAACGUGCCGUCCAACCACGACUGCAGCAGGCUUUUUAGCGAUCCUACUGUAGCUACAUGAUUGAUGCCUACAUCACGGCUGAUUGUGUGACGUCACAGCUGGAAUGUCUUCAAAGGCUUAUCGUCUCGCGAAGAGGUAGCCCUUAAGGUUCUGACGUUUCUUUCGCUGGCAGCCGAACAAGUGUUCCGUCUUCUUAUGUCCCUGCGUCUUUGUCUGGCAAAUUCUUUGGAUUGCAGACUAACGGUUCAGCCUCAGCCUGGCCUUGCGGUGCUAUAUGUGUUUCGUCUGGGCCGAUUUCGACGCAGACGAUGCGGAGUUGUCUCUUUCAUGCAGUGUGUUGGUUUGUACAUGUGCUGCCAUUUCAGCGGCGUGCGUUCUUACAGACUGGCUGUCUUAUGGUGCAAGGCCAGGAGCUUUUUGCAUAUAAUGUGGCGUGCAUGUGUGAGUGUGUGUAGCUGUUUCAGUGCCAGCAAAACUUCAAAAGAAAAAGACAAAAAAAAGAUGGUGGUGUACACUGUGUAGUUUUUUCUGUAGCCUCCUUUUUUUUCUUCAUUUUGUAAUGCGUGUACUGGAAACUUAAUAAAAUUUUUAGUUUGGUAAGUAA